UUACAAGAGAGAUAUUCCCAUAUGUUGGAGAAAUUUUCCAUGGCAAAAGCAGCUAAAUGUCUCAGUCAGAUAAGAGAUAAAUUGGAAUAAACAGCUGUCAGUGUUAAAUAAAUAUCCUGGAUAAUGUGCAGGACAGAAAUAACUACAGCAUUGUCAAACUCCUUUCUUCACUUUAUUUAGCUGUUCUUGCAUGUAGCUCCCAAGCUUUCCACUGCUCCAGUUAGUGAAGCAUUUAUUUUUGAGUCGGCUGCAUUUCUUAAGACUGUAACAACGAAAGGCAUUUCCUGAGAAACUGCAAGGAUGAGCAGCAAGAAAGAACAACAGCUAACAACAUAUGGGACCCUUGUAGUAGUUUUUAUCUUGCAAGUUCAGAUUUUUGGGUUUGAUGUUGAUAAUCGACCUACAACAGAUGUCUGCUCAACACACACAAUUUUACCUGGACCAAAAGGGGAUGAAGGUGAAAAGGGAGACAGAGGAGAAGUAGGCAAACAAGGAAAGGUUGGACCAAAAGGACCAAAAGGAAACAAAGGACCGCUGGGUGAUGCUGGUGACCAGGGAAUGCUUGGUAAAAUUGGUCCAAUUGGUGGAAAGGGUGACAAAGGAGCCAAAGGCUUACCAGGGGUUUCAGGAAAAAAAGGAAAAGCAGGCACGGUCUGUGACUGUGGAAGAUACCGCAGAUUUGUUGGACAACUGAAUAUCAAUGUUGCUCGUCUUAACACAUCCAUCAAGUUUCUGAAGAAUGUUAUAGCAGGUAUCAGGGAGACAGAUGAGAAAUUCUACUACAUUGUGAAAGAAGAGAAGAAUUACAGAGAAGCCUUGAUGCACUGCAGGGACAGAGGAGGAUCACUGGCCAUGCCUAAAGAUGAGGCAACCAACGCCUUGAUUGCUGACUACAUCUCCAGCAGCGGCCUGUUCCGAGCCUUCAUUGGGCUGAAUGACAUGGAAAGAGAAGGACAGUUUGUGUAUGCAGACAACAGCCCACUGCAGAACUACAGUAACUGGAAGCAAGGAGAGCCUCAUGACCCAGCUGGUCACGAGGACUGUGUGGAAAUGCUCAGCACAGGAGAGUGGAAUGACUCUGAGUGCCAAGUCACCAUCUACUUCGUCUGUGAAUUCCUGAAGAAGAGGAAAUAAAAGUGCCAGAGAAUGUGCCUGGCACCUGCUGUACAUACAAUAACCCAUCCCCAUUCAUUUAUCGUAGGGAGAGUAAAUCAGGGAUAGGAAACCAGGGAUAGGAAACCAGGGACAGGGCUCAAUCCAGCCUUCACAUCACUGGGCUGAGCAAGAGUAACUACUGUUUAGUCAUCAGUAACCUCAAAGUCAGCACGAGUCUGCAGGGGGCAUCCAGCCAGCUGUGAAUUUUUAUUUCUACAUGCAUUUUAGGGUUGGCAUUUCUAUAUGUAAUUUAGGGGUAAGUUUAGAGCAUGCAGAAGUGAACAUAAUUUCACCAGUUCCAGAAAUAGUAAGCUCAUUGGUAUAUGAAGUACUGAUGUGGUUUGCAAAGUCCACAGCUGGAAAGAUGUCAUGGUUUGACGCUGGCCCAAUGCCAGUGCCCCCAUGAAAACCCAUCUUCCCCUGGUGUCCGCUGUGAGAUGUGAUCAGAGACAGAGCAAAGCAGGCCUCCACUUGCAAACAAGAAAAAAACU